UUUGCCGCCGGACUGCUGUGUUCAUGCUCUCAGACCUUAAACAGUUGGAAGUGAAGCAAAAAUGAGUUCGAGGUUUAUCUGACGUAAUUCCACAUUUAUCUUGAUGCACGCGCGCUCUCUCAACUGCCAGCUGUCGGAACGCGCGUUCAGACGCACUUCUGAACUGCUGAGGCUCCCUCAGAGCGCCUCACCGCACGUCACCUGGGAGAGAAGCGUUAUAGGUUAUUGUUAGUGAUCAAUAUCGCUGCAGAAUGGUGAAACGAUGGAGAAUAAAGAGCCGCACAAGGAUGUCGCCGCCUCUGCUACUGAUUGUCACUUUCUUCUGUAUCUCAAACGCAGCUAAUCCUAUUGACCUCAUAAAGACACUUGAGCUUUCGGAGGACAUGGAGGGCGUGUCGCUGGAGGCAGGGCUGUGCACCAGCAGGAAGGGCCGAGCAGAGACCGACCUUUCCUUUAAGAUCAACAAGAAGAUCCAGCUGAGCGCGCCCACCAAGCAACUCUUUCCAGACUUGCCGUUUCCUGUGGAUUUCUCACUCAUGACAACAGUCAAAGCUGUGAAAGGAUCACAAGUCUUUCUUCUCUCCCUGUAUGAUACACAGGGCACACAGCAGCUGGGUUUGGAGCUUGCUCGUUCUCCUGUUUUCCUGUAUGAGGAUCAUGAGGGUCAGCCAACUCCUGAACUUUAUCCCACCUUCAGAAAAAUCAACUUGGCUGAUGGCAAGUGGCACAGAAUUGCCUACAGUGUGGAGGGCCAGUCAGUGACUCUAUACUUAGACUGUGAAAAGGUGGAGACUCUGGACCUGCUCAGAGGUCCUGAUCCCCACAUCAGCACUGAUGGAGUCACUGUGUUUGGAACCCGCCUGCUGGACGAGGAGGUGUUUGAGGGACAAAUCCAGCAACUUCUUCUUGUGGCUGAUCCUCGAGCAGCAGAGACCUACUGCAGAGACUACAUCCCAGACUGCGACGCACCUUUACCCUAUGACAGCAUUUUCAUAGAGACUGAAGAGGAAGAGGGAACACCAAAGAAACGAGUAGCAGAAGAAUUUGACUACAGUGUUUUCUAUGAUGACAUCUCAGUGUCCACAGUGACAGCAGGUCCUAAUGUCACAGAGUACGAGUUCAUAGAGUACGAAGACUAUGACAACACAACAAACUAUUACCCUGUCAAUGAGUACGAGGAGUACGACGAAGAAUACGACGAACGCUACGGACCUGCGGAGAGAGAACGGGACUACCUGCUGAACACACAGAAUUUACCAGAAAAAGGACAGAAAGGAGAGCCUGGCUAUUUGGGGCUGGGAACUCAGAUUACAGGACCAUAUGGACCUCCAGGACCUGAGGGAGCACCGGGGCCUCCGGGAAUCACUGGACCAGUGGGACCUCGAGGAGACCCUGGAGAGCUGGGUCCUCCAGGGCGGCCGGGCCUUAGUGGUGCUGACGGGAUCCCAGGUCCCCCAGGAAACAUAAUGCUCAUACCGUUCCAGUCAGGUGGUGAUCCGAGGACAGGAGCUGUUGUUUCUGCACAGGAGGCUCAGGCUCAGGCCAUCCUGCAACAGACAAAGCUGGCCAUGAAGGGCCCUCCUGGCCCACUGGGUCUCAGAGGCAGACCUGGACCACUGGGUGCAUCAGGGCCUCCAGGGCUGAAAGGGAGCAGUGGUGAAAUGGGACCACCUGGUCCUGCAGGACUACCGGGUAUUCCAGGUCAGAAUGGAAGACCUGGAAAACGGGGUCGGGGAGGUUCAGACGGGGGCCGUGGUGCAAUAGGAGAAACUGGAGCAAAGGGAGAUCGAGGCUUUGAUGGCUUACCUGGCCUCCCAGGAAAUAAAGGACACAAGGGAGACAGGGGGAAGCCGGGACCCCUAGGUCCUCCAGGAGAGCUGGGAGAAAAGGGCUCUCAGGGACCACCUGGGCCAAGAGGACAACCAGGUGAUGCUGGUUCCAGAGGUCUGACUGGCCCCAGAGGUCGUCCUGGAAACUCAGGCUUGAUGGGCAUUCGUGGAACUGAUGGGGUCCAAGGUUCAAAAGGCAACAUAGGACCACCAGGAGAAAUUGGAGCACCCGGUCAGCAAGGCAACCCUGGAAUUGUUGGUUUUCCUGGCCCUCAGGGGCUCGUAGGACUACCAGGAGAGAAGGGACCUCAAGGGAAGAAAGGGAUGCAGGGCUUACCUGGAAAUGACGGGCCUCCAGGUCAUCCUGGAAGAGAAGGGACUCCAGGUGAAAAGGGAUUGCCAGGUCCUUCCGGUGUGCAGGGACCUGUAGGAUACCCCGGACAACGGGGAGUAAAGGGUGCAGAUGGAAUCAGAGGGUUGAAGGGAAGCAAAGGGGAAAAGGGAGAAGAUGGUUUUCCCGGGGCAAAAGGGGAGAUGGGAGCGAAGGGGGAUGUUGGAGAUAAUGGACCUCCAGGGUCUCGAGGUGAAGAUGGGCCUGAAGGUCUCAAAGGUCAGUUGGGCCCUCAGGGAGAGGCCGGGCCGGCUGGUAUUUCUGGAGAAAAGGGGAAAUUGGGGGUUCCAGGUUUGCCUGGGUAUCCAGGACGACAGGGUCCCAAGGGCUCUGAUGGGUUUCCUGGUGCGCUGGGGGCUCCUGGAGAGAAAGGGAAGAAAGGUCCUGCAGGACAAGCAGGAAGUGCAGGCCAAAGAGGUCCAAAUGGUGCCAGAGGAGGCAGGGGGGUGAGAGGUCCUACAGGGAAGCCAGGAGAAAAGGGAGCCUCAGGACAUGACGGGCCCCCAGGAUCUCCCGGAGAGAGGGGACCUUCAGGGCCACAAGGAAGGAAUGGAGAACCAGGACCUAAAGGCUCAAGUGGUCCAGCUGGGAAGGAUGGACUUCCGGGUCAUCCGGGUCAAAGAGGAGAACCAGGCUUUCAAGGAAAAACGGGCCCCCCAGGGCCUUCAGGUGUGGUCGGACCUCAGGGGAAAUCAGGGGAACCUGGACCGACAGGAGACCGCGGUCACCCGGGAGCACCAGGUGUACCCGGAGAGCACGGUUUACCUGGGGCUGCUGGGAAAGAGGGCGGAAAGGGGGAUCCUGGUUUACCGGGGACAUCAGGGAAGAACGGUCCAACUGGACUGAAGGGGUUCAGAGGGAGCAGAGGAGCUACUGGGAUUAUGGGACCUCCUGGUCUGAAAGGAGCAACGGGCCCCGGCGGAUCCCCCGGAUCUCUGGGGCCAUCAGGAGAACGAGGCCCUCCGGGACCUGCUGGGGCAAUCGGACAGCCUGGUCGUGCCGGAGCGGUUGGAGGACCGGGACCAAUGGGAGAGAAGGGGGAGCCUGGAGAGAAGGGCCCUAUUGGACCUGCGGGUAAGGACGGAGAUCAGGGUCCUGUAGGAAUGCCCGGAGCAACAGGACCUGCAGGACCUUCGGGGGAUGAUGGGGAUAAGGGGGAACAGGGAGGACCUGGACAGAAAGGCAGCAAAGGAGACAAGGGGGAAGCGGGCCCUUCGGGUCCUACUGGCACCCAGGGGCCAGUUGGUCAGCCUGGUCUUCCAGGUGUAGACGGGCUGUCUGGCCCUCGAGGGCAGCAGGGUAUGUAUGGUCCCAAAGGAGACGAGGGGCCCCGUGGUUUCAAGGGCUCCAGAGGGCCGAGAGGAUUACAGGGUAUGCCUGGCUUACCUGGAGAAAAGGGAGAGAGCGGACAUGUUGGUCUCAUGGGUCCACCUGGACUGCAAGGCCCCAAUGGUGCUCAAGGACCUAUGGGAGGACUGGGACAAACCGGCAGACCUGGGAUGAUUGGACAGCCGGGUGUUGUGGGGGAAAAGGGAGAGGAUGGAGAAGCGGGUGACCCUGGACUAGUCGGGAUUCCAGGAAGACUAGGUGACAAAGGAGACCAAGGUGAAAAGGGAGACACGGGCCCUUCAGGAGCCGCCGGUCCCCCGGGGGCUAGGGGCAUUCCAGGAGAGGAUGGGGCAAAGGGCAAUGCUGGACCUAUAGGUCUGACUGGUGACCUUGGUCAGCAGGGAGAGGCAGGACCCAAUGGUGUAGAUGGCCUCCUCGGAUCUAAAGGAGACACCGGAGAACCUGGUAAAUCUGGACCCCCAGGGCCGACAGGGGAGCCUGGACCCCCGGGGCCUCCUGGACGAAGGGGACACUUGGGAAAACCAGGGAAGGAAGGCAAAGAAGGCCUGAAAGGAACCAAGGGGACCCCUGGACUGGAGGGUCCCAUUGGAAAGACGGGACCCAGAGGUUCUCAAGGGCAUCCAGGAAAAAAUGGUCCACAGGGCCUGAGAGGAAUCCCUGGGCCAGGAGGUGAGCAGGGUUUAAAUGGGCCACCGGGUCAAACUGGACCUCCAGGUCCCAUGGGUCCACCAGGUUUACCCGGACUCAAGGGAGAUCCUGGCAGGAAGGGAGACAAGGGUCAUGGUGGACUAAUCGGACUCAUAGGACCUCCAGGAGACAUCGGAGAGAAAGGUGACAGAGGACUACCAGGAAACCAAGGCCUUCAAGGUCCAAAAGGAGAUGAGGGUCCCGUCGGCCCACCAGGCCCACCUGGACCUCCUGGUCCCACAGGACUGUCUGGUGCUAUUGGUCAAAAAGGCUCCAAAGGGAACCAGGGUCCGAUAGGUCCCAGAGGAGACACCGGCCCUGUGGGGCCUCCAGGACCACCUGGACAGGCCGCUGUUGGUUUUUCGCCUCUUCCAGAGCGAGGAAGAAGAAGAAGAACUCACGCUGUGGUGGAUGGUGCUGCAGUUGAGGACGAGGAGGAGACCAUAGACGGAGGAGAGGACGACGGUUGGGUGCAAAGCGACCAGGCCACGCUGGAUGGUGUGGUGAAAGAAAAUGAGGCGCAGGACAUGGAAGAAGUGUUUGCUUCAAUUUCAUCUAUGAAAGUUGAGGUGGAGGGUCUGCGUAACCCAAUGGGGACUUACCACAGCCCAGCACGCACCUGCAAGGAGCUCUGGCUCCUCCAUCCAGAGCUGCCCAGUGGUGAGUACUGGAUAGACCCCAACCAGGGCUGCCACAGAGACGCCUUCAAAGCUUUCUGUAACUUUACUGCACAGGGAGAAACAUGUUUGUACCCAGACAAAAAGUUCCAGUCGGUGAAAUUAGCAGCAUGGAAAGGGGAAAAACCUAACACCUGGUACAGUAAAUUCAGGAAAGGAAAACAGUUUUCCUACACAGGGUCAGAUGGUGUCUCGAUACACAUCGUUCAGCUGACCUUCCUGAAGCUUCUCAGUGCCACAGCCAAGCAGACGUUCACCUAUCACUGCCUCAACUCUGCCGCCUGGCUGCAUGCGGCCAGCUACAGUCAUGAACAUGCACUACGCUUCAGAGGCAGCAACGGGGAGGAGCUGACUCACGAGAACGCACAUUACAUCAGUCCGCUAUACGACGGCUGCCAAGUACGCUCAGGACAGGAGAGGACGGUUUUGGAAAUUGAGGCACCAACGUCCCAGCCUCUCCCCAUCAUUGACAUAGCUGUGUCCGAUUUCGGCAAUGGGAACCAGAAAUUUGGUUUCCAAGUUGGCCCAGUUUGCUUCAAUGGUUAACAAUCUCAGGAAGGCAUAAGAAAGGGAUUAAUUUAAUAGAAAAGAGCCUUGGACACCUUUUACAUGCAGGGAGAACAAAACUUUCAAGAUCACAUAUUUAAUUUGUACAGUAAACAAUGUUUCAUGGCUCAAACUACCACUCUUGCUCAAAUGUUCAUUCGGUUUGUAUGUUACAGGUUCAUUGUUGUUGUAUGCUAAAAUGGCUCACUGUGGACUCACAUGCUGUUAUAAAGAGAAGGACACCUUUGUUGAUGUCCUCACGGUUUUUCUUUUCUUCUUUUCUUCUUCAUCAUGUGUACUCUGCUCUGUUUUCUCUGCUUCUGUUUCAGGAAUGACUUUAAAAAACAAAUGGUCUAUCUCCAGUCACCUGUAAGAGAAUCAGUGUGGAAGAAUUAAUAUUCUUAAACCUGACAGAUGCAGACCAUCCAGCAUAAUCCAUUGAAAUAACUGAAACUGUCAGCAUUCACAAAUAGGUUUAUAUUAGUUUAUUGUGUUCAUUGCACAUAUCUGAUUGAGAAAUCAUAAAGAAGAAGCUGACUUUUAAUUAGUGACACAAAGAGAAUAAUUCUGGUUACUGGAAUCGGGUUUGAUGAUAAUUCUUAGUGUUCCUAAGCACUACCAGGAAGGAGGAGGAACAUCUUUCAUUUGUGUGGGCACUGUUACUGAGAAAAAACACUCAUUGUUACUUAAUCAGUUUGAUGUUUACAAUAAAGUCAAAGGACAAACAGUGAUAUUAUAAGCUAUUCAAAAGGAAAAUAGUUGCUGUUAAUUUAGGUUGCAGUAGAAGAAGACAGAGGCAGAAUGAUGAACACAUAGCAACUAGCUGAUCCCUUUUACUCUUUUCUGCCUGCAACCACUGAAAGUCUGAAUCCAACAGAGAAAAUAGACUUUAGCCUACAUUCAAAUUCUCUGAACACUGCUACAGAUAUUCUCCAUUCUACUUUCUUAGUGAUGAAAAACACAGAUGCUUUAACGAUUUUUCCAAGAAGGACAUCAAUACGAGUUAGUGUGUUUUAUAAAAAUGUAUUUCAAUACAAUUUAAAUCUCAUAUUUGUGACUGUGUACAGUUUCAGAUAUUUUUUGUUGUCAUCAAACCUCAUUUUUGUGUUUUCUUUUGUUCUUUGUUUUGUUGAAAUUGUGUGGUUGUGAUCAUGAGUUAAACACAUUGCAUUGAUGAGCCACAACAUUAAAACCACUUUCAUAAUGAAUGAUACAAACAUUGAUUCAUAAUUAAUCAAUGUUUUAUCUUUAGAAUAUCUUCUAUCUUAAACUAUCAAUGAUGUUUUCAUGAUCAGAAUUUAAGUCUGAACUAAAAGUGAACUAAAUUCAACUUCAGGUCCAUGUUGUACAGACUAGUCAUUCAUUUUCUUAAAUUUAUAAGUGCAUGUAAAACAGUUUAGAUGUUUUUUACCUUUUAUAAUAAUUACUGUGAAAGAGACUACAAAAUAUAACUUCCUGUUUAUCUGUGUGAUGUCACUUGCUCUGUGCUCUGUUCAGAAAUCCUUAGACCAUUGUUUAUACGAGGAAAAUAAUAGUAAAUUUCAAAAUGCUAAGUUUAUCAAUGUUAAAAAAACAGGUCCUACAACUCACUCAGUCAUAGUAACAAUAUAGAAAAAUGAAAGCUCUAGUUAUUCCAGUCAACACCAUUCAUAAACAAAAUCACAGGAGACCCUGACAUAAAUCUUUUGUGAGUUUAUUUAAGACUAUAACUUCAGGUGUUGAGUAAAAUAUAUCUGUAGAAAUAAAAUAUGUAUUUUCAAAUUAUAAUAACAGCUUCCUUCAGCUAACUAACCUCAUAUUGCUGCAGCAGCUAUGGAAAAAAAAUGUCUGUCACUGUCGAAAGAAUAUGAUCAGAAUGUCUUGGACAUACAGGGUCUAUAAAACCCUCUCAUCACCUUGGAUGUUUUACCCUUUGUAUUAGCUUAACUAAUUAAUCAUAAGCAACAAAUUUAGUUUUUUGUGUUGAAAAAGUUUAACAACUCCCUCAUUCCUUGUAUAACAUCAAUGUGGGAACUGAUUUCAAUAUAUGAAAUAUAUUCACCUCUUUCAAAUCAGUAUUUAAUGAAAGCAUCUUCGGCUGCAAUCGGUGACUGUGUGGAUAGGUCUCAGUCAGGUUUCCACAUCUGGAUUCUACAAUUUUACUCUGUUCCUUCUUGCUAAUCUUUUCAAGCUGUGUCAGGUUGUGUGGGGUUUGGUUGUGAACACCAUUUUUUCCAGUCCUGACACAAACUCUUUUGGUUUGAGGCCUAGGCUUUGACUUGGCCACUCCAGAACAUUCGCCUUGUUGUCUUCAAACCAUUUCUGUGGAGCUUUGGCUGGAUUCUUUGAAUCCUUGUCUUUCUGGAGAACAAAUGUUGCCACAGUUCUCUUAUAGAUGGAAACAAAUGGACCUUUAGAAUUUCCCUCUAUUUAUUGUUUUCAUUUUACCUUGUACAUUUACAAGCCUGCUACCAAAAAGCCUCCCCACCACCAGGAUUUCACAGUGGGGAUACAUGGUGUGUAGUGAUUUGCAGUGUUUUGUGUCUGCCAAACAUAUAAUCUUGUCUGAUGGCCAAAAAGCUGCAUUUGAUUUCAUCUGACCAAAGAAAUUUCUUCCACUUGAUCAUGGAGUCUCACGUGUCUUUUGGAAAACUCUUGUUAAGCUUUUAUAUUGAGUUUUGGUCAGCAGUGGCUUUCUGAUAUCUGCUCUGCCAUAAAACUUUGAAAGGUGAAGAAGAUGGGUAACAGUGGUUGUAGUGCAGUCUCUCCCAUCUCAGCUGUUAAAGUUCUAAGCUCUUUCAGUGUAGUCAUAGUGACCUGGUGACUGCUCUGACUAGUCUAGUUUUUGCACAUUCAGUCAGCUUGUGAGGAAAACCUAAUCUGGCCUCAGAUUUAAUGUGUAAAAUAUUCCUUCCAGUUCUUGAGGAUGGAUUUAGCUGAACUCCAGGGGCAGUUCGGGACCCUAGAGAUUUUGUUUGUAUCCAUCGCUUGACUUGUACUUUUCAGUAACCUUUCCUCUGAUUUGCUUGGAAUGCUGUUUCUUCAUGCUGUCAUGGCAACCAGGAAUACCAAUUAACAGGUGACUGGACCUUCUAGACACAGAUGCCUUUCUAUUACAACUCUUUGACACACAAUCCCUGUACUCCGGUGAUCUUCACUCCACUCAUUGUGAAACUACUAGCACCAACUGUUGAAUUAGG